UGAACCUACUUUAAUUCUAUUUAAUGCAGUGUUAUGGUAUACAAACUCUUUUGAAGGCCAUCCAAAUCAGCUCUUAUUUCUUUAUUGUGAUUUUUAGGGUCUUCAUGCAUUGCAAGCUCUGUACAUUUUGUACUACAGCUCAGGACACACUUCUCAGACAUUAUAGAUUGAAGCACUGGCGUGGACCAUAUUCAUCGUUUCCUUGCAUUCACAGUGACUGCAUUUGUUCAUUCCGGACUGCAGGACCUCACUUUUUCCCUGAGAAUAAAGGAGAUUGUCAUGGAUGAACCGCUGGUCUCUGUAGUCCAACAGAGAUGGCCAGGCCUUCUCAUAGAGCAACAGGUAUAUACAGAAUAUUAUUGCAUUACCCAGGUGCAAUUGAAAGAAACAUCGCUGACAUCCUUGGACAAGUAUUCGACAGCUCUGAUCAAAAUGUACAGAGCAAAAGGAGGCAAGACGGCACAUGAAUUGAAAUCACUUUUAGAAUUACUAGAUGAACAGACUAUGGAUGUUACCACACACAAGAGGGCAACGGUUCUACAAGGACUACCUCUGUACUUAAGAGAAUACAAGAAGUUAUCAACAACAUGUCAUGAUACAGACUCCCUUCAAAUAUAUACAAAUGAAAUGAAGAUAGGAAUAUUAGAGGUUGUGAGGCACCAUGAGACCAAUCCUGGAGCUGCGGCAAUGAAUGUGGCUGUGGUAAUAGAAGGUCGAGUAGUAAUUGAAGAGCUUGUCGACUUCACAACUGCAUUUGUCAUACUUGUUGGUCUUCUGUAUGCUCGAAACAUUCAGUACCCAAAAGAACUUAAAUAUACUUUUGAAACAGUACAGAAGGUGUUUCUAAAUAUUGGAGACUUAUACUCACAUAGAGUAUUGUCACUCAAAAAUAUGCUGUAUAAAUGUUAGGCAAAUAUGUCUCAGAUCUGCAGAAUGGGAUGUGCUUGUCUUUUGAUUUUAGAUUAACAUUGCGAUAGCUACUUUUCUUUGUGUGAAAUUCUUUCUCAGUUGCACCUUAGUGUUAAUGUUAUGACAGAAUCUCUUUACCCUGUGCAGGUUCUGUUCAAAAAUUUUGGAAUUAUUGAUGUAACACUUUUCAAAUUAAGAUUCCACAACAUCAGAGAUGGCAUGGCUUGUGGUUAUUAGUAAUGAUAACAAUGUUAUUAAGACAAAAUUUGAACGUACUGAAUAUAAAUACAUUUGUAUAAGUGAUUUUCAUAUUUCACAUUGUAAUAAUAAUGUAAUGCCAUGUCUAAGAAAAUAAAGCUGCAUUAUUUUCAAAAAAGCUGUUUUUUCUUUUUUGUUAAAAUAGAAUAUGUUGCUCAAUAAAGUCAGAGUUCUUAAGUAACUGAUUACAAUGUGCUUUUUGAGUUUGCAAAAAAUA